GUGGAAUCUAGCCGCACGGUGGAGCAGGCACAAGCCGCUGGGCGCGCAGGGAAACCGCAAAAAAAGAAAAAAAAUUACAACACACACACAUACACACACACGUACACGCGCAGCAGCCGCUACUUGAAACUGCGAGGAGAGCAGAGGGAUCGUCGGAACUUCAGUGUACACGAGGUCAGAGAGCCAAAAUGGGAGGCAAGCUCAGCAAAAAGAAGAAGGGAUACAACGUAAACGAUGACAAGGCCAAAGACAAGGAUGCCAAAGCAGAGGGGGCCUCUGCUGAGGAGAGUGAAGCUCCAAAAGACAAGAAAGACGAAGCAACGGAGGCCACCGACACUAAAGAGGUAGCAAAUGAUAAAGCUGCCAAAGAGGCACCAGCAGCCGAUGCUGCAGCACCAAAAGAAGAGGAAAAGAAUGCCGCUCCUGCAGCAAAGGAGUCCGAAAAGCCCGCCACCAACUCUGAGCCGAAAACAGAGGCGCCCAAGAGCGCAGAACCCGCCAAGGCCGAGGAGAAACCAACUGCUGCGGCCCCGGCCAAAGAAGCCCCUGCCGCCAAGGAGCCUGAGGCCAAGGCUGCUGCACCCGCCCCGGCAGCCGAGAGCAAAGGUGAGGCCGACGCCAAAAAGACUGAGGCCCCCGCGGCACCAGCAGCCAAAGCCGAGGCGGCCCCGGCUGCCUCUCCUGACCCCAAGCCCACAGAGGCGGCGGUGGCUCCCGUGCCACCCAAAGAGGCCGCCGCUGCACCACCUAGUUCAACACCAGCCGCCGAACCUCCAACCAAGGAGGUCAACGCCACAGAGGCACCAAGCAAGGAUCAAACCGUAGCAGUUCAAGAUUAAUGGACAGCUUCUUUUCGGAAAUGAAGAAUAAAUUACCUAACUCAACAUUGAUGAAGAUUAAAAAAAGAAAAUGAAAUUUACUAGCCCGCCCAUGUUAUGAUAAUAACAAUAAUAAUAAUAAUUGUAAUGAUGAUGAUGAUGAUUUGUCGAAUGAGGACAGAGAUGUUUCCCACCAUUGCAGAUGAUUAUUGCUAUUAUUAUUGUUAUGUUUUAUUCUAUUUUUUUCUGCUGUAGUAUUUGAACUUUGAUACGAGUCUGUGUUGGCCAUAAGCCUCGCCAUCCCACCUCCAUCAUCCCUCUCACUCAUACUAUUCCCAUGUCAGAAGGCCUGCAUCCAUACACUUACCUGCACCUUCUGCUCUGUGGAUGUCAAAAAUUGUGGAAAAGGUUCUGAUGAAAGACGAGGGGUGGCUGGUCAGGGGUUAAGAAAUCACUUUAACAACUGAAUUACAACUCAACUCCUCUGCUCUCCUGUUCAGCUCCUCCUUUUCAGAGUAUUGUGUUCUUGAAUUUGGCGCGGUACCUCCAGUUUUCUGGUGCAGUAAAGUUGUAGUUGUGUUUUCCCCCUUUAUUUUUGAACCCACUCCCUCCAGAUUUCGGGUAACGUUUGGGUUGUGGUGUCACUCUUUUUCUCCUCUAAGCCCCUCCUGGUCUGAACAGUGAAAACUAAGCACUUGUACAGGAAGUUUUGAUGAGUUUGUGGAGACUUUCCCAGAUAUUUCAAAGAUUUAACAAGGCUAGCUUUGCAGAGCAAAACACGUUCUUAGUGUAUUAGACAGUUGUUGGGAUUUUUCUGAUAAACUUCUACAUAUUUUCUACUGAAACCCUUAGAUAUAUUCUAAGUGAACUAAGUGGUUUUUUAACAUUUGUAAUACUUAUAAAAAUCUGCAAAGCCUCGCUUAAAAGAUCUUUGUAGUGUUCUCUGAAAGUCUGAAAGCAAAUCUCUGCUUUGUUGUCCAAAUUUGAUGAGAAAUAGUGUGUUUGCUUUUAAAGACAUAUCUUCUACUGACCUGGGUGGAAUAGGCAAAACAAUGACAUCAUAGAGAUGGUUUGAACUUGCUUAUCGUACUGAAAAGAGCAGAGUUUAGAUAGUGUACAUUCGGUUGUGUCUUUGUAAAGGUAGCAGACUAAACUGGAACCCAAACAUCCUGUGAUUGCUUCCACUCUCUGGCUUGUGUUACUGGAAGAAAACUGAAAUCCUUCUAUCCUAAUAACAGUAAAAUACAGAAGCAUUUUAAUAUGAUUAAAAAAAAGUUUUCGCUACUGGUUUAAUUAAACCCUCUUCAGCUGUUCAAAUGGAAACAUACAUUUAACAUUUAAAGACUACAGAAGGUAUAUUGUAGCACUAAUGCAGCAUGUACUGCUGACUACACCUCACCGGUUUGGGUAAGCGAGUAAACACACUUCAGGCGACAUCAUUUGUGGAUGUUUUUCAGUCCGUUUGACUGCAUGUUGGAUCAGUGCAGCUCCCCAUCAUCAGCAGUUUGAAACCAGAGAAGAACAGGGCGGGUGGGAGGAGGUGGGGCGGUUCAGUGAAUGAUCAGAGCUAUCAGCAACCACUUCAAUGCACUAUAGUCAAUGUUUCCAUGGCAACUAUAGUCCAUGCUGUUGUUAUAGGAUGGUGAUACCUCGCACUGGGAAAGGGGCUUCUGAUUUGGUCAUUUUCAUCCUCCAUGCAUUUUCCGUUACUCUGCAGAAACGACAUAUAUACACACAUAUAUGUAGUGGUGCAAGAGAAAGUACUCUGAUUCUUGUAAAAGCAGUGAUAUAAAAGAAAUAUCUGAGACUUUUCUGGAUGGAAAAUCUGGUUUGCUAUAGUCACCUAUCAAAAAGUUGUAAUAUUUUGCAUCAAAAAUGAUCCCUAUCUGCACUACAGGGAGAUCUCUUUUGGCCUAAUUUUUAACAAAUUCUCUUGUACCUCCAUGUACUGUAGUUUGCAUUGUUAGAGCAAUCAAAGCCAGCCAUAUGAGGCACCAGCAACCCACAACUCCUAGUGACUGCCAAACCUUCCUCUUUCCACCUUUGCAUAAAUGCAGGUAUAUGUGUAGUCAUCUCAGCCAUCCAUCCACCAGCAUAUUUUUCAGUUCCAUCCAUCUGACACGCAACAUGUUCCUCCCAGCACUCGUCAAACCGUAGCAGAAACCAACACUUGAGGAGCGUUUGUGUGUCACCCAAUUCAGUUUUUCUUCCUCUCUUGACUCAGUAAUUUGCAUGUCUGUGGUUGGGUGAACCUGUAGUCCUGUCUUUUUGGUCAAGUGGAGAAAAAAAAAAAAAAAAAAAAAAAAAAGAAGAAAAUCUUUGAGUCUGCAUCCAUAGCAACUACAGUUAAUAUUUUCAUUCCACGUCUCACCACUGCUAUUUCCACACCACACGUUCAUUCAAACAAAAAGAUAAAAUGGAAAAUUGAUGCAUUCAAAAUUAUAUGUACUUGUAUAAAUGGUGCAACAGUAAUAAAAUGUAAGAAAUUGACUUGAA